CUAUCCACGUCGGGUAUACUUUUAGAGUCGUUCCUUUUUUUCUUUCCAUCAGCCCGCCUGUUAACCUUGGGUGAAAAGCUUUCGCCAGUCUCUUACAGGGUUGUGAGCGCCGGAAUAAACUAAGAAUGCCUGAGCCGCAGCCACCAAUAGAAACCGCGACAUGGUACGAAGUUGUAUUAAAGCAGAAAUAUAACGACCCCCAAAAGCUCAAGAGCUCCCUCGACAGCAUGUACGGCCAAGGCAGGUAUAAAGUGAAGAUAAAAGCCAGCAGAUACAUCCUUCAAUUACCAGAACCACCGCACGAGGACCGAAUAGCUGAGAUAGAAAGGACAAUCAGCUUCCAUUAUAAGGAAGAUUAGCUUGGCUAUCAACGUUCAGGAUUAUGAGGCUUACUGGAAUAUAUGGUUGUGGAAUAUGAGGAAACUGGUAUCAAAACUUUAACGCCAACCUGUG